GUUACAGUUAACCUCAAAUCAAAUCAAAAUAAGUGCUGUCGGGAAGCAAAACAAGUAGUAACAACUUAUACAAACAGUCCUAAAACUUAGGAUGGGGGACUCGGAUUUCAACGAUUUAGUCAAUGCUGCUGAACAACUUGCUUCGGAAGUUGAAGGUUCCGGAGAGUUGCCGAGAGUUGAAAGGACUUUGAGACAGGUGUUAGAGGCCUCACACGAGCUCUGGGCACGUGUCACCACCACAGGACCUCAGGAUAUACAAGCGAAUCUCUUACUCGGCAGUAAAGGUGUUGAUUUGCCCCAGUUGUCACAAAAACUAGAAUCGUUAAGUUCCAGAAAGACUUUUGAACCCCUCGAUCCCGUUCCUGAUAAUGAUAUUCACAGCUACCUCAAAAAUGAAGCAGAAAAUGCUAUUCUGUCUCUCAUUGAAACUACUCACAAAAGAACCAUCAACAAUUUAACCAAAGAACAUAGAAAGAAGAUAAUGUGGGAAUGGAAGGUAGAGAAGGCCAAGUUGUUGAAUUCGUUGAUUGGGCGAAGUGGAACAUUACUGCAAUUGCCACGACGGACAGAGAAAACGGUGUUGAAUGAGAGUGUGUAUGGUACCAAGAGCUGUCUGGAUCAACUGGAGAUGGCGUACGCUCAGUGUCUCAUAGAGUACAACACUGCCCUGUUGGAGGGCUCGCCCAAACCUAACUUGGUGGAUAAGUUUAGCCGGGUGGCGGCCUCAAGCAACGACUCUAAAGUGAACGAGAUGUGGACGAUUGUGAGCUACAUGACUCAGUUGCAACCACAGGGCCAGGGUGAUGUGUUGGAAGCUCGAAACUCUGAGGCUGGGAAGUCCAAGCUCAUCGGACAAGCUCGCAAGUACCUGGAGAACAGGUACAGACAGUACAUGGAGAGUGUGGUGUCCAGUAACCUCAGUACAGCUAGACGCGGAGGUGAGCCGAGCACGUACUCUCUGGUCCGUAGCUUCGUAGGUCUGCGAGUCCCCGGGGGGUACCUAGGCCUGGAUCCAGCCAGUGUGGACGGCCGACCUCUGUGGGCCUGUGUGUAUUACUACUUGCGCUGCGGGGACUUGGCUGGGGCAUUGCAGUGUGUACAGCAGGCCGGGCCAGGAUUAGAGGAGAUGUCUGUGGCUCUACAGGAACUCAAGGGCAGCUCUCUACGGAGACUCAGCCCUCCCCUAGAGAAGGCUAUCAACUCUCAAUACAAGCGAGGUGUCCGCAACAGUACUGACCCUUAUAAGAGAGUGGUCUACUGCAUCCUGGGAGCGUGUGAUGUGACUGAUGAACACUCAGAGGUUAUCAAGACAGCAGACGACUACCUGUGGCUUAAGCUGUGUCAGGUGCGGGAUAGUGACGCCAGCACAUCAGACUGUAUCACUUACUCACUACUGCAGACACUCGUGUUAGAGGAGUAUGGAGAACAGCACUACAGCGCCAAGGAGCAGCCACACGUUUACUUCCAGCUGUUGUUCCUCACUGGCCAAUGGGAGGCGGCUGUGGACUUUCUUAUGAGGACCAACAGACUGGCAACUCACGGCGUACACAUCGCCAUCUUGCUACAUCAGCUGGGCCUGCUAGCCACCCCCGCAAACGUCAAGGCACCUCUGUUGUACGUUGAUCCUGCAGAUCCCAAACCCAUGCAUCGCAUCAACUUGGUGCGCUUGGUGAUGAUCUAUGUGCAAAAGUUUGAAGGGCACAACAUUUUUGAAGCAUUACAUUACUACUAUUGCCUCAGAAACUUCAAAAGCCUGGAAGGUGAUGACAUGUUCCCUGUGUGUGUCUGUGGUCUACUGAUGGAAACACGAGCCUUUGAUUAUGUUCUUGGAGCUUUGGAACCUGAUGGAUGUAAAGUACCCGGCCUCAUCGACCAGUUCAAAGGAAACAAGGCUGACAGAGAGGCAGUCACUGAGAUGGUGGCUAGUCAGGCUGAGCAGAGGGGAGAGUACGAGAUAGCGAUCAAACUCUACGACCUGAUUGGGAUGCACGAGGAGGUGCUCCGUCUCAUGUCAACCCUGAUGGUUCAGUUGGUUGCUCGUGUGGACAACGAGCCGUCGUCGCUCCGUUCAAGACUGUCAGAGUUCGCUCAGCAGCUCUCUGCCAGGUACAGCGGCAUCAAGUUGAAGGCCUCCGCCAAAACCACUGCCACGUUCUUCUGCCUCCGUGAUCUACUCAUCUUCUUCGACCAGUACGCAGAGAAGAAAUACCAGCUUGCGUUAGAUACAAUCCAGAGGUCGCGGUUGAUCCCUUUAGUGGUAGAUGAGAUAGAGUCUAUGGAAAAGUUGUUCCAUGGUCUUGCAGAAGAGGUUGUUAGAGUGAUACCUGAUGUGUUGUUGGCCACCAUGAACAUACUGUACGCUCAGUACACCAAGCUAAAAGGAGAAUCUCAGCCCAUGACUGGAGAUCUUCAAGAAGCAAAGGAAAGGCAACUAUCAUUCCUGCGUCAGCGAGCUCAUGCAUUGACAAUGUAUGCUGGGAAGAUUCCCUACAGAAUGCCCGGAGAUACAAACGCAAGACUUGUCCAGAUGGAGAUUCUCAUGAAUUAAUGUGUUAUAUAAUCUUAAUUUACUAUUUAGUUCUAAAAUACAAUUUUUACAUUGAAA